CAGACAAACCACUUAGUGGCAUAUCGUUAACGCAAAAUAAAAACCCUCAUUAAGAAAAUAAUAUCAGCAUUUUUAUAAUUUCAAAUUAAAAGGAAAAGAGUGACUAUUUACACCAAUAUUCCAGAAAUUUAUAGAUUUGUACUGGAUUGAGAGUAGAUAAGAUGGCAGCCACCAGAGGAGAAGUUCUGCGGUUAUAUAAAAAAAUGUUAAGAGAGUCAAUUAGUUUUUCCAAUUAUAGUUAUAGAACUUAUGCUCUUAGAAGGAUUAAGGAUGCUUUCAGAGAAAACAAAGGUGAAAGUGAUCCUGGAAAAAUCAAAGACCUUAUCAUGUAUGGAGUACACAAUCUUGAAAUUAUUAAGAGACAGGUUGUCAUUAGCCAGCUCUACAAAACACCGGAGUUAAUUGUAGAAGCCUGUAAGAAGCAAUCAAAUGAUCAAAAGACCUAAAUUUAGUACCUAAUAUGUAAAAUGUAAAUUAAGGAAACAUUCUCAGAGACUCAGGGUUUUUGUUGAAGCAAGCUUUUGCCCAAACUGGGUAAAGCAUUUCUCAGAGUAACAGAAAGAAAAGUUGAAAUUGGAGAGACCAGAAGCUAUUUUUGCUAAGCUUCAUCAAUAUUUUGGCUUCAAUUAAAAUUAAGAUACGUUUAGUUUAAUUCCAUUCUUAGUAUAGAGCUUUGACUGUGUGAUAACAAUGUUUGCUGUAGUGUUUCUAUUUGUUGUUUUUAUUCUCCUAUUCAUUUGAUAUAUAAUAAACAACAGUACUUGUGUUAUACACGUAAAUAUACUUCAUGAGUUUUGUUUUAGGCAUAACAUUUCUGUAGUUUGUAUUAUCAUAAAUAAAAAAUAUAUAUAGAUAGUUGAAGUAAAAUAUAUUUUGUGUUUUAUUCAGCAUGAUCUUAUGCGUUUUUUACAUUUUAAAGUAUACUUUUACAGAAAUGAAGUGAUGUUAUAUUGAAAUUCAGAUAAUGAGGUUUUCCUCACCCAAUCACAGAAUGUACAGUCUUUACCACUAGAUGGCACCAACCGCAAACCUUUAUUGAUGUUUUAGGCCAACAGCAAAAAAUUCUUAAUUUUGUUAUGUUUACAUAUGUACACCAUAGUAUGCUUUUAUAUAGUUGAAAUGCGAAAGAAGUAAAUUAUUUUUCAUAUGUAUGAUUGAUUGCGAGUGAAAUAAAAUAUGACUUGUAAA